AUGGCGGACGGUGACACACAAGAAGAUGAUGACGAGAGGACAAUCGAGCUCUCGUCUCUUGCUGCUAUCUACCCUGAGUUGACGAUUUAUCCUUCUUCGGGUCUUCGCAUGCAUGAUAGGAAAGCAAGUCUACAGAUUCAGGUCGAACCACUCAAGCCACUCCGAAUUCAGCCUCCAAACCUUGCAAACGGCAUCUCUGUAUCUGAAGAGGGUGGAAUUAUCGACAAGGAUAGCCACUCACGAGGCAUACACCUGUUGUCCUACCUUCCGCCCCUGAGUAUUGAGCUCUCCCUGCCACCAGACUACCCGUCUAAACAGCCUCCCGUUGCGCACAUUGUCUCGCAGGACGCUUGGCUUGCCGAAAACAGAACUCAUCUCUUGGAAAAAGCUUGCUGCACGCUUUGGGAAGACGUCGGUCGGGAUCAGGUCCUGUAUACCUACAUUGAUCACGUACGAGAAGCUGCAGAAGCCGCCUUUGGCGUUGGUGAAACUCUAGAAGUAUCGCCUGACUUGCAAGUAGUACUUCUAGACUAUGACCUAAAAGCAAAGCGAGCAAAAUUCGAAAAGGAGACAUUCGAAUGCAGUGUAUGCUUAGAACCUAAGAAAGGCACCGUCUGCCAUCGCCUAACUCUUUGCUCCCACGUUUUUUGUCUCGGGUGCCUUCAAGACUUUUUCAACUCCUGUAUCAGCGAAGGCGACGUCAGUAGUGUCCGGUGUAUAGCACCCAAGUGUCCUGAACAUCCCGAGCCUCCUUCCGAACCCCCCAAAGCACCGGCUGACCGAACUCUCGAACCAUCUGAACUCCUGCAACUCGGCAUCUCCCAGGACAAUAUCCAGCGCUACAUCACCCUCAAACGCAAACGUGUUCUCGAAUCCAACCCGAACACCAUAUACUGCCCACGCACAUGGUGCCAAGGUCCCUCUACCAACUCCCUCUCACCUAAGGCGCUCGAAAACAUGCGCCGUCGAAAAGACGACCCAGCUUCCACUCCACCCCCUCUUCCUGCGCCUGCCGAGCGCCUCGCCAUCUGCACAGACUGCGACUUCGCCUUCUGCCUCGUCUGCAAAGCCUCCUGGCACGGCGAAUACGUCAUCUGCUUCCCACGCAACCAAUUCGAAAUUACGGCCGAAGAAAAAGCGAGUGAAGACUACAUGCUUUUGCACACACAAGCGUGCCCUACUUGCGAUGCGAGGGCGCAGAAGACGCAUGGAUGCAAUCAUAUGAUAUGCGGUAGAUGCGAGACACAUUUCUGUUAUCUCUGUGGAAGUUGGAUUGAGAAAGAAAAUCCGUAUACGCAUUUCAAUAGUCGAAAGAGUGGGUGCUACAUGAGACUUUGGGAACUGGAGGAAGGAGAUGAUGGCGAGAUUGGGCAGGGUUUCGCAGGAGGCGCAAAUCAGGGGGAUAGGCAUGCGGUAAUGGGUGAAGACGAAUGGAGCGACGAUGAAGACGAUGAGGCCGAUCGACUUGAUGCUGACAUGGACCCGAAUGAUGGACGGGCAUUCUUUCCUCUGGACGACGCCGCUAGACCCCCACGACUGCUUGCUGACGAUGGCCGGCCAGCAAGGCCUAGAGGUCUCGGAGCGGAUCACAGAUUUCGAGAACGUGAUCGUGCUGUACUUGGCAGGUUUCUUGCCAUGGCCAGGGCGGAUAUGGAGGAUGAAUGGGAUAGUGAUGAAAUGAGUGGCGAUGAGGCAGAGGAGCUUGAGGACUGA